AUGGAGUUUGCUUGUGGUUUUGUUUAUGUGCCGCCAUCAGUGACUCAGAAGGAUGGCCAACGUCCUAAUGUCAUCCAGCGCUCAGCUCUUCUUCCUCGUGUUAACCGGAUUCGUCCUCGCAAUCCUCCCCCUCCUCCUCCAACAAACUCUGCAGAAGCCAACUCACUAAAGUCACCCCAAUCUCACCCAAAGGUCAUUGAACAGCUGGAAAGGAGCAAGGAAGUGAAGAAGGCUGUGAACCCCACUCCCUUUUAUGAAAAUGCUGAAUUUCAAAAUAAAGUGGGGGAAGCUUCUUCCCGCAGAAUAACUCCUCAGCAGUCACCUCCUCGAAAAACAGCUCUUCUUCCACCACACAUGAGAUCUUCAGCAAACAGCCAGUCACCUCCUUACAGCCAGCCACUUGUUUCCUCCAACACCAGCAGUCAGACAUUUACCUACGACCUCCCGAAUGAGCCAGAUUUAAAGGUGCGUCCUUGGGACCCGAACUACUCGUACGCCACACCAGAAGGCACAGGGGUGGCGGUGAAGCUGCCAGCUGAAACUAUCAAAGUCUGCUCUCAUACCUCAGUCCCACUUCUUCCUCCGAGACCUUCAUUCAUGAAGUUAAUCCCAGAGUACAUGUUGCUGUUGCCUGCACCCCACUCAUCUACUUCAACAUCUCCGAAAUCAAUCUCAGACACAUCACUUGUCCCAUCACCUACUAGUAAAGGAUCAGCAGAUAAGGGGCCUCUACCUGGGAAUCCCAAUGUGCUCCUUGUCAGUUUAGGAAAAUUACUCUCAGAGGAAAGAGCACAGACCACAAAAGGAGAUCCCACCUCAUGCUCUGAAUGUGGUGCUGUGCUGGAGUCCUGCUACGUCAAUAUGGUUAAUGAGUGUUACUUCUGUCAGCCCUGGGAGCUGACCAGCACUCCCAGUAUGCCACAGUGCCACCAGGAUGCCCUCUCUUGGCUAUACCCUAAUGAAAAGCCUGACUGUGCUGCUGACGGUCUGCUGCUCCUCUGCAUCGACGUCUCCGGCUCCAUGAGCGUCACCUCUGAGGUGAUAGAGGGAGGACAGCUUGUCCACAAAACCCGUCUCCAGUUUGUUCUGGAAGCCGUGUUACAGUGUGUUCAGAGAUUGAGUGAGCAACAACCUGACAUGCGAGUGGGACUCAUCACCUUCAACAAUCAGGUGACAAUGCAUGGAAAUGAAAAUUUGACAUCACAUUCCCUGAGCGGUUCUGAGUUAACUGAUCGCAACUUUCUGAAAAAAACUGCAGCCGGUUUCCCAACUCCACCUCCACUCUCACAGACCAAGGAUUACUUACAGAGACAAGUCAUGGGAUUAUCUGACGGUGGGUUCACAGCUCUCGGUCCUGCUGCGCUCCUGACGAUUACGAUAGCCUCCAGACAGCCAGGGUCCAAUGUGAUUAUCUGUACAGAUGGAAAGGCCAACACAGGGUUGGGGAAUCUGGAGGUAGAGGAUGAUGACACUCUCCUCUCAUCCGCCAUCUUCUACCAGGACCUGGGGGAUUAUGCUGCCAAUCAGGGUGUGACAGUGUCUGUGCUGUCCAUAGAGGGAACAGACUGCAGGCUGGAUGAGCUGGGAAGACUCGCUGAUCGCACUGGAGGGAAAGUGGUGAUAGCAAGUCCCAAAAGUUUGCACACAGAGUUUGAACAGAUCAUUGAGAACAGGAUGAUAGCUACACAUUGCACAGUCAUGUUACUGCUACCCAAAUCACUGUGUACGAGAGGAGAGAAGGAGGCAGGACACAAAGGGACCAGAGAGGUGGGGAACGUGGCUCCAGAUACAGAGAUCACCUUCCAGUUUGGAGCCAAUGAACAUGACAAAGAUGUGUCAGCGCCAGCCGCUGGUAGCCGUGUGUUCAUUCAGCUGCAGAUCAGGUACAGGCAGAGGGAGGGACAGACGAUGCUCAGGGUGAUCACCGCAGGCCGGGAUGUUACUGAUGAAAGCUCGGCGGCCCUGUCCUCUCUCUCCAUGGCCAUCAUUCAGCUCAACUCGUCACAGGCCGGCGCCGCUCUGGCUGUCAGAGGACGCUUCCUUGACGCCAGGAGGGAAGGAGAGGUGCAGAGGAAGCUGAUCGAGAGAGCGAUAGAGUAUAAUCACAGUGCAGAGGACCAUCAAACAUACCAAGAAUGGAUUAAAACCAUGGAGCCAAUAUACAGCAACCAACAUAACUACACAAGGAGAAAAUCUGUCGAUUCAGACUUAGAGUCUCUAACAGACGCUGGUGCAGCGCUGCUCUACACUAUGAAGCACAGCAACAGGAAGACCAUCGUACUGAAGAAUAAACAUAAACUUUAA